GGAGGAACGUCGAACUACAACCGAGCGGAACUUGGUAAUGACGUAUGAAGGCAAUCUUAUAGAUUAUCUCAGAUCAGAGAUGACUUGCAAAAGUUGUAAACUUCUUGAAGGAACCGGUGCCAGCAACUUCAUUGCCUCGAUGGACACUUUUAUUUUUGAUUGUGAUGGGGUCCUUUGGAAUGAAGCCGGCCCCCUAAAUGGUGUGAUGGAAGUUUUGCAAGAGCUUCGAAGAUUGGGUAAAAGGGUUUUCUUUGCAACUAAUAAUAGCUCCAAGUCAAGAAUGGCAUAUCUUAAGAAAUUUGAGAAAUUUGGAAUUGAAGCUUAUGAGGAAGAAAUCUAUGGAACAGCAUAUGCUGUUGCAUAUUAUUUAAAGGAGAUUCUAAAGUUCGACAAAAAAGUUUUUACACUUGGCACAACAGGGAUGGUGGAAGAACUUGAUGCCAUGAAUAUUCAACAUAUUGGUUCUGGUCCUGAUCAAUCAACUGGUGGUUAUAAUCUUCAAGAAUGGGCUUCAUUUAAGUUGGACCCUGAGGUUGGAGCUGUUGUUUGUGGAUUUGAUGAGCACUUCAGUUUUCACAAGCUCAUCAAAGCAGCCAGUUACCUUGCUAAAGAUUCCUGUUUGUUCAUUGCCACAAAUCUAGAUGACAGGUUUCCAUUUAACAAGAAUGGUGUGGUUAUUCCAGGGACAGGCUGCAUGGUAGUUUCUGUGGAAGCAGCAGCUAGAAGGAAAGCUAAAGUGAUAGGAAAGCCAGAGAGAGUCAUGUUUGAGUGUAUUCAAUCACGGCAUGCUAUUGACCCCUCAAAGACUUGUAUGAUAGGAGACAGAUUGAACACGGACAUCAUGUUUGGAAACAACUGUGGAUUGACAACUGUUCUAGUGCUGACAGGAAUCUCAUCCCUUCAGGACAUUCAAAAUUUACAGACUUCAGUCAGUCCUGAUGAUAUAAAUUCUGUACCAGAUUUUUAUAUGCCAAGUUUAGAAUCACUGAAAUCAUCACUCAAGAUUUAAUUUUCUAUGGAAGGGUAAAUGGCUUACCUAAUUUACAGGUAUCAACAGAUAUCUAAAUACAUCAAGUUUCUUGAUUGAUAUGUGUGAUGGGUAUACAAACCCUUUUUUCAUUCAGUCUCUUUGGUGUACAUGUGGUAUGGGAGGGUAAGCAAUAUUUUUCUUAUCUUAUGGGUUCUCCAUUGAUAAGGCUGACCUGGUCUUUGUUUAUUAAGAGUAUUUUAAGAAUUCUGAAGAAGACAUAAACCUGAAUCUUGAGACUGUUUGGUUCGCUUCAAAUCUCUUUUAUGCAAUAAUUUUUGUUCUUACCAACUUAUUUCCUCAUUUAUGUCCUGCAAGAGUAAUAACACUUAAUUUUCAAUUCGUAUCUGUAAUCAAAUGGCGAUGAGUGAAAUUAGAAAAUAAUUUCACGCAUGUUUGGUCAAAAUUCUGAUAAUUUCCCAA